CUGUCGUACGAAAUGACGAAAUGGUGGUGUUAGUUUGGGGAGGUUGUUUUUUGCUAUAAUUAAGAAAUGCUUUAUUAAAGAAAGCCGGGGUUGUAUUUGUUUCUAUAUAUCAUUUUUUUUAAUCUGGCCCUGUCCCUCCCCAUUGACAAACAGAAUUACCCGAGAUGCAGUGCUGUAGGUAAAACAAAAUGGCCGGAGUGGGUUCUUUACAAGAGGAAGCAUUGAAGAGAAAAGAGCGUUUGAAGGCUUUACGGAGGAAACACCAAGGGGAAAUAGAGGAAACAGGUGAUUCUGAACCCCCAGAGAAGAAGAUUGCUGGAGAGGCAGAGGAAGGCAAUAAAGAAAUAAGGCAACCAAUAUUUAAAAAUUACAAACCCGAAAAUGAGAGUCUACAGGAUGCUGUUGCUGAAAGAGCACAGCCUGAAAAAGUUGAAGAGCACAUUAAAGACCAGUUGGAAGCUGCUAAACCAGAACCAGUGGUGGAAGAAGUUGAUCUGAUGAAUUUAGCUCCAAGGAAACCAGAUUGGGAUUUAAAAAGAGAUGUUUCCAAAAAGUUAGAAAAAUUAGAAAGGCGGACACAGAGGGCUAUAGCUGAGCUGAUAAGAGAGAGGUUAGCAUCUGGCAAGGAAGAUUUAGUGACAGUAGUCAAUGUCAGUGCCGCAGCCAAUCAGCAAUCACUGGACUCAGAUGAGGACUAAAAAUAAUUCUUGAAUUCCAAAGGUGUAAAUAAUCAUCUCCCAUGUGAGGGGGAAAUUAAAACCGAAGGCGCAUGAAAGCUGUUUUUACCAUUCAACAAGUGUCACCUUGCUGUUACUCUGAACAUAAUAUGCAAGGUCAUGGUGUGCAAAUUCAUGGACUUGUUUUUUAAAGGGCAGUGGUCGUCGCAGCCACAUAAGAUAUUGGUCCCAUACUAAUAUGGGUGAAAUGUGUUUAGACAAAAUGUCAAACUAUUUGAGCAGCCACAAUGACUCCCAUUCUCUGCACAUGUCUGGUUGUCAGAUAUCAUCUUUAUUUGUUACUUGUAUUUUUUGUAAAAUCUGUAUUAGAGCUGCAUCCAUUCUUUUUGAAUAAUUGAGAACCAAAAAUUCUCA